CCGACUCGAGAAGCAUGCGUAUGUUUUUUUAAGGUUCAUAUUCAGGGAAGAUAUACUUAAUUAUUAACACAGAUCAAAGCCGAGUAAUUAACAGCUGCAGUUUAGGCUGUUGCCGCUGUUCCGAUCAAAAUGGCUGUGAAUUUUGCAAAACGAAAAAUGGUAACUGUGCUGAGUAUUGAUGGGGGUGGAGUCAAAGGCCUGAUUCCCGGCACCCUCCUCGCCUGUCUCGAAUCCAAGCUUCAGGAAUUGGAUGGACCAAAUGCGAGGAUUGCGGACUAUUUUGAUGUUAUUGCAGGAACAAGCACUGGGGGGUUGCUAACCACCAUGCUUACAGCUCCAAAUAAGGAAAAUAGACCCAUGUAUGCCGGAGAGGACCUUAUUAACUUCUAUUUCGACCACUCUCCGAAGAUAUUCCCCCAGAAAAGUAAUUUGAGGGGUUCUGUGGCGAGUUUGACGGGGCCAAAGUAUGACGGGAAGUACCUGAAAACGAUGGUAAACCAGUUUCUGGGAGACAUGACCCUGAAACAGACACUAACCAAUGUGGUCAUACCGGCUUUUGACAUCAAACUCCUCCAGCCAGUCAUCUUUUCAACUAGCGAUGCGAAGAACGAUGAUCUGAAGAAUGCUAGGCUAGCAGACGUAUGCAUAGGCACCUCUGCGGCUCCUUGCUUCUUUCCUGCGCACUACUUUGAAACCAAGGAUUCUAGUGGUAAAUCACGCAGCUUCAAUCUAAUUGAUGGAGGAGUUGCUGCAAAUAACCCUACGCUGUUGGCUAUGACCCAAAUAUGGAAAGACAAAGAGGAGUUUGCGGAGAUAGGACCGGUAGACAGUCGGAGGAUGCUAGUGCUGUCGCUUGGCACCGGUUCAGAUAAAGAAGAAGAGACGUACGAUGCGGCCGUAGCCUCUAAAUGGGGCAUGGUUAACUGGCUCUAUGACGGUGGAAGAACUCCGCUGCUUCACUUUUUUGCCGAUGCAAGUUGCGAUAUGGUUGACUUCCAUGUCUCCACUUUCUUCCAUUGCCUUGAUUCAAAGGAAAAUUAUCUCCGCAUUCAGGAUGACACAUUGACUGGUAAUGCAUGCCGACUGGACCUUGCAACAAAGGAGAACAUGCAAACUUUGGUGGAAAUCGGAACAAAGCUGUUGAAGAAGCCAUUAUCAAGGGUGAAUUUGGAUAAUGGCAAGCUUGAGUCAGUCAAGGGAAAUCAUACCAAUGAAGAAGCUCUUGCUACCUUUGCCAAGCGGCUUUCAGAAGAGCGACGGUUCAGGCAAACAGAGAUUUAAUCUAAGCUUUUUGUUUAUGAAAAGGCUUCCUCUACUUUUGAUAUUAUUUUCAAUUAAUCUUGAAUAAUAAAAGAAGAAGAAUACUAGAGACAAAUACAAUUACCUUCUAUUUGAUGCACUGGAUUCACGUUUAUGUAUGGGUGAAAACUAUGGAACAUUUUUUUUUCUCUGAAUAUUACCGAAAUGAUUGAAAUAAAGUUUUAAAGUUUCU